AUGUUUCCUAAUUUCUUACAAAACUCCAUUUCUAAAAUUUUUGAUGUCCCUGGAGAUGGCCACUGUGGGUUCAGAGUUGUGGCAUUGUUUUAUGAUUGGGGUGACGACGGUUGGAAAAUAGCUUGGAAAGAUCUUGCAAAUGAGCUUCGCAUGAAUAGACGUCAAUAUGACAAGGUACUAGCUCCUAUCUCAAGCACAUUUGAGCUGCUAUCCAGUGUUGAGUGUUUUCCCACUAUGGCAGAUAGAAAAAAUUGGAUGAUCAUGCCUUAUAUGGGAAAUGUGGUAACUACUUGUUACAAUGUUGUUGUUGCACUAAUUUCACAAGAACAGUGCCUCACAUUUUUCACCUUUAGGGAUCUACUGCCACUGGAUUAUAAGCAAGGGAUCAUGGUAUUCAGGUAUAUAAAUGACUCCCACUCCAUCAUACUGGAAUUAGCAGAAGAUAGUCCCAUACCUCCUGUUUCAAAGAUGUGGACAGAUCAUCAUCAAGCCAAUGCCAGAGGUUGGCCAGAAAUGUUUUCUUCGAGGAUCGAAAAAUUCAAGACACUUUUUGGGUGUAAACCAAGUAACAUAGCGACUGUGGAGUUGAUAGAUUGA